AUGCAGAGUGGCAGUGCACUGGCCUCAUGGGGACUGUCCCACUAUCCAAUCUUCUACGCUCACCAGCUCCUCAACAGGUUCAACUGCACUGGAAUUAGUAACAACAAUAACAAUAAUAGUAACAAAAAUAAUGACAGUCCCGAUGUGAGUAAUGAUAAUAAUAUUAAUCCUAAGGCUGUUAAAAUUGUCGCUGACAGCAUUAGUAGCAACUCUGAUAAUAAUGAUGACGUCAGAUCUGACGAGCGAAGCGACAGCCACAUCACCGUCAACAAAAUCGACAAAAAACCGCCACCAGGCAGCACCUUAAAAUCAAACGCUAGACAAGAUAUUUUAAACAGUCCGACCAACCUGCAAUGUUUGAAGACCGUCGGUAUAUCGGACCUCAUGUCCUUUGCUCCGAAACCGCCCAAGUACUUGACGGCAUUCGGACCACAUAUCGACCAGCAUAGCGUUGUGCUGGCUGAGGACCGGACCAUGUUUGAUUCGGUCUCCAGUACAAACUUGCUGAUCGGGGUGAGCAAGAACGAGGGCUGGGCCUUCAUGGACGAGAAGAUCCUACAGGAGGGACUGUCCCCAGACCUAAUGACCAAGAUGUUAAAAAGUCAAAGUAAGCCACAGUAUGGUUACGUUGGUUUCAUUUCGCACUUUCUUGGUUCGAUAGCGAUGCGAACAUACGUGCAGAACGUUCACGAUUACAACCGGCAAGGAAUCUACGACGUAAUAGCCCACCAGUACAACGAGUGGGACGAUGCCCAGCUUCAAAUGCAACACGAUCCGGAGUUCCGCUCCAAACCAUCUCUCGUUCUCAGGAAUCAAAUGGCGGAUUUCUUGGGAGAUGGACAGGUAGUAGCACCAGUCAUCGAAACCGCCCUUCAUCAUGUCAAACACGGAGCUCCCACCUAUUUAUACGUCUUCGAGCCACCGUCCUCAGCUUCCUUAUCAUUUUCAUCUUCAACAUCUUCGUCUUCCUCAAAAUCCAAACAUCAGAAACAUCAACAACAUCACUAUCAACAACAACAGCACGAACAACAACAACAGCAGCAGCGAUUUAGUACUGAUGAUGAUCUCGCUUUCAUAUUCGGAGCCCCAUUGGUCAGCGGAUUGAGUCCAUUUGAUAGCAAGGAUGACCAUUACAAGUUGGAAGAUGGACAACUGGCUCUGCAGAUGAUAAAGAUUUGGGCUCAAUUUGCCAGGACGGGAAACCCGAACAUCUAUAACAGCAGCAGUUCAACGCAGAGAGGCUCACAAAAAUCAUCUUCCCCAUCAUCUUCAUCGUCGUCGUCGUCUUAUGAACUCUGGCCAAAGUUCAACAUUCACACACAGACCUACGUACAAUUUGGAAACAUAGAAAUUAAAGUUAUACAAAGAACAAAUACGCUUAAGCUUGAUCGGGAAAGACGAUUAACCCAUCCAGACGAAAACGGAAAAAACCGACUGCCAGCUAAAACCGGCACGUAA